AUGCGGGUACUAAAUACAUUGGAGGAGUAUUUCUACUACAAGAAAGUUCAUGGCUUUACCACUUUUUUCUAUGUGGGUGUAACUUUUAACAAACCUGUAGACCGUUCCAGUCUCUGUUGUGUGUUAAAAGAGUUGAUACCGAAACACCCUCAUCUGUACCGCAAUAUUUUCACAAAGGAUGGCAGUAAGAAGUUAGUCAGACCAUUGAACGUUGAAAUUCGACUAGAUGAUGUACUUGAGGAAACUGGCUUUGACUCACUUGACGAGUCAGCUGCCAAUUCGAUAUUAAAAAACUCCACUUUCCAAUACGAUCAACAACGCCCCCUCUGGAAACUGAUAAGUCUCAAGGCAGGUACACAAUUCCUGUUUUGCUUUGAUCAUGCAUUUUUUGAUGGUAUGAGUGCAGUAAUAUUCUGGAACGAUUUUAUAUCUGCUUUGAAUUCGAUCAAACCUGAGAAUCGCAGAGGGAUGGACUUAAACGAGGUUCUAUACAAGGCUGCAGCUGACCCAGAAAUCCGGGUGCAUCCAUUUGACCUAUGGCCAAUCCCCUGGGUCUGGUCGAUGAAGAGAGCAGUUACAAAAAUAUGGACUUAUUACGCAGGUCAAUCCAUACCGCAAUGUAUCUCACUCAAAGGCAUCAUAUCCAAACGCGAGGUUUUCCGCUUUAAGCAUUAUAUCUUCCCAUCAGGGUUCUUUAAUUCUGAAGGUGUUCUCAGAAAUGAUAAUGUUCAAUUAAGUUCUAGAAUCCCGCCAGAUAAGAUGGACGCUAUACUCGUCGAAUGCAGGAAGCACAAAGUUUCGUUUACCUCGUGGUUCGCUGCUAAAUUAAUACAGUUACUAAGAGAGUUAGAUCCUAAUGAGUCUACUGGAUCUAUAGUCAAAAUUAUGCUUCCUGUAGACUGUAGGGCUGAAAUCGCUGAAAAGUUACCAUCUUACCCUGCUGAUGAACUUAAAAUGGGACUCUUUGUUAAGAAUGCCAGCCUACAUUACGAUUUGGAUUCCCCGGACAUUAAUGAGUUUUGGCAGAUAGCCUCAUCAAUCCAUACUCAAAUCGUACAAGGCCGCCUCAGCGACGCCAGCAUCCAAAGUUUGAAACUACUCGACUUCUUAGAUAUCAGCCAAUACGUGCUCGAAGGGCCAAAGUCCCCGCCCCCUUCAAGCACCUUUGAAAUCACCAACCUUGGCUUGCAUAAAUUUGACGGAAACGUCGAGGAACCUGAAUUCUAUGCUGUCGAUGCCGUAUUUAAUGAACCGCAGACUCUAAGUGCUGCGUUUACAUGUGCACUAAUAUCUACCCCUUUGGGAGGCCUACAUGCAUCCAUAUCCGUGCCUAAAGCUAUCUCCAACUCAUUAACUAAAAUCCUUUUACGUAGUCUCUCUGUUUAG